UCAAUCAUUUUAACGUCCUAUCUCAUGCCACAAAAUCGGGUAUAUACAGACAAAUUAUGCAAAUAAGUAAGUGCCUGCAUGAUAUAUAAGCGUGCACACAGUCAAUUGACAGUAUUACCAAAUAAGCUUACACAGACUAAUUUUAUCAAGGAAAAGACAUUCCAAAGAGAGAUGAAGUAUACAGUUUUAGCAUUGGUCUGCAUUGUGGUUGUGAAUGGGUACAGUUUCAAGCGUACUGAUGAAUCCAGAAAGCUUGGAGAAAGGGAAAAGUUGGUUUUAAAAAAAGCUGGUAUCGAAUUGGCCAAAAGUGACUUCGACAAUGACGGUGCAGAAGUUGCUGAAUCAGAACUAGAUAUUUGUCUAGAAUUUCCAGUAAAUGAGAUCGGAGAGUGCCUGCUUGAUGCGGGUAAACCCCUUUGUAAAGGAGAAACUGCUGAGAAGUGCGAAAAAAUCGAAAACCUCAUACAGUUAACGAUCGCUGUUGGUAAAAAUAUACUGGAAAGUGGGUGCCUUGCUAAGGAAGUUGCAGAUGCUGAUAUCGAACCAUGUCUCGAAGGUAAAUGUAUACCAAUAUGCAAUAAUGUUUGCGAUGAUUUAGGGGCAACCAAAGAGGAAUGCAAUUGCGAAAAACUUUGCGAGGAUGAGGAAAGAGAACUAGAAGGUGCAAUAGAAGAACUCGAGAGUGAAGAAGAGAGGUCUGCACGUUUAAGUAAGCUCAGAAAACUUAACCUUUUCCGUUCUGUGUUAAACAAAAGAUACUUCGGAAAUCUGAUCAAGAGAAAGUAGUAGCCACCAUUAAUCAAAAAGCCCGCAUGGACAAAAAUUCCGAAAGGACAACAACUUUGCAAUGAAUAGUUUGUAAUGUUUAGAAAAACUUUUUAAUUUAUAAAUAUUUGCAUUCA